GGGGAGACCCGAAUCCCCCAGAGCGUACUCAUUUCCUUUUCCCACCCAUCUCUUUGAGUAGGGUCUUGGGCCUCACCCUCUGGGGCCCACACCCCGUCAGCUGCUGUGAGGGGGCCCUGUUGUACCAGAUUAGCACGGCAGUCCAGGACACGGGCUCCGUGAGACCUGCCCAGACAGUCAGACUCCUUGAGUCCUGGUUACUGUGGGAUUGUGAAUGGGCUUCACCGGCUCUGGCAGGUGGACGGUGGGUUAGUCAUCGUUUGAUAACUUGUACAGGAUUCAGCAGAGUACAUGCUUUGUUCUGCACAGCCCCGGCCACCCCUGUCUGGGGAACAGGAAGACAUGGGGCAGGGGAUACCAGGGUGUCUGGGGCUGGUUUUGUGAGGAUGGAGGGGCUGUCUGUGGGUGUCAGAAAACUUGGGAUGGCACUCAUCGUAAUGGGACCCUCCCAGUCUUGCAGAGGAGGGAAGCGAGGCAGCUGGGGCAGCAGAGUGGCUUGUAUCCUGUACCUGGCCAGAGAGUCAUGAUCAGAAGGUGGGGCAGUGGGAGCCGCAGGGCCUGUGAGGCCCACCCCCUCGAUGCUGGUGGCUGCCAUGUAGCUGUGCUCACAGAGCUGCCUGGAGUCGCGGGAGCCCCUUUGAGCCUCUGGGACUUUGCUCAGGUGCUUCCUCUUCUGAACGCCCAGCCUGCCCUUUAUCUGGUUAACUCCGUUCACCCUUCAAGAUUAGGCUCAGCUGGGUGCCGAUAACGUGGGGAGGCUGUUCCUGACCACCCCACCCUGCGUUGGCCCUUCUCUCCCGAAUGGCGCUGUGCUGAAGUUGGCUUCUGGGCAAUUACUCCCGGGGGCCGGGCUGUCUUCCUUCCUCCCGAGUCUGGGGACGUGGUGUAGCACAGGACCUGGUGUGGGGUCCGACCCAGCAAGAGCCUGCCAGGUGGGCACAGGUGGUCGGCCGAGUGCCCUGCUCCUAGCUAUCCUGUGCGAGUGCUCCUGCAAGGAGGACAUGGAUGGGGACAGUGUGGGUCCCUGGCAUCCAGAGAGGCCUCUUGAUCUAGAUGACGUCAUCCUUGUACCUUUUAAUGCUGGUCCUCCAGACAGGAAGGUGUCCGGUCUGAAGCCAGCCGGGAAGACCCAGGUGGCAUCAGUUGAGUGGUGGGCCGCUGCUGGACUCCAUCUUCAUUCUCUUCCUCAGUCCUGGGAGGAUGGAGGGCUUCUCCCCAAGGAAGAGGUUUCCCAGGUCGUCUUCCACGAUGUUGGCGUGCUGACAGACAAGCUCUUCCCCGUCGUGGAGGCCAUGCAGAAGCACUUCAGUGCUGGCUCUGGGACCUACUACAGCGACUCCAUCUUCUUCCUCUCAGUGGCCAUGCAUCAGAUCAUGCCCAAAGAGAUCCUGCGGAUAAUUCAGCUGGACCUAGACCUCAAGUACAAGACCAACAUCCGGGAAUUGUUUGAGGAGUUUGACAACUUCCUGCCAGGUGCCAUCAUUGGCAUAGCACGGGAGAUGCAGCCAGUGUACAGGCACACAUUCUGGCAGUUCCGGCAUGAUAACCCCAAGACGCGGGUCGGGAGCCCUCCCCCCGAGGGGCUCCCAGGCUUCAACAGCGGGGUGAUGCUGCUCAACUUGGAGGCCAUGCGCCAGUCCCCGCUGUACGACCGCCUGCUGCAGCCGGCGCAGGUGCAGCAGCUGGCUGACAAGUACCACUUCCGGGGUCACCUCGGGGACCAAGACUUCUUCACCAUGAUCGGCAUGGAACACCCUGAGCUCUUCCACGUGCUGGACUGUACCUGGAACCGGCAGCUUUGCACCUGGUGGAGGGAUCAUGGCUACAGCGACGUCUUCGACGCCUACUUCCGGUGCGAGGGCCACGUCAAGAUCUACCACGGGAACUGCAACACCCCGAUCCCAGAGGCCUAGGCCCCGCCCCGCCCGCCGUGCCCUCGGGCUCAGAAUCUGGGCGCCUCUCGUGCAGGCCUGGGACAGCGUUUGGACUCCUAGAGAGACACUGCAGGACGUCCUUGUGAUCAGGUGCUGCGGCUCUCCCACCCAGGGGUGCUGUCUGAGGCCGCCCGGGGAUGCCUGGCCUGCACCCCACUGGUGCUCUGGACCUUUUGCCUCCAGGAGCCAGACGUUGUGAAGAACACACACACAGACCUCUUCGAGUGGGGUAGGAAGCAAACGUUUGAAAAGAAGGAAGAAAACAAAACGGUGCCCCUUGCCUUCAGCCCCCAAAGGCUGGAAAUCCUUUUAAGAACUGGGCUUUCAUAGACCAAAUAUAAAUUUACUUUAAAUUGACAGGCGAGACAGAACAAACAGUACUGCUGUAGCUCCUAGUGAGCUCAAAAUGCGUGAGCCAGGGUUUUAACAACCAUCCCAGAGUUUAAGCAUCCAAAGGAAUGCUAGCCCUCACACACACACUUGGGAGGCUGUGUGGUUAUUCUCACAAUGCUCAUGGCGCCUGGUGUAGGUGUAAAGGUCACCACCAGCUGCGGCCACAUAAGAAACCUGGUCUCAUUAUUUGAGCCUUCACAGCGUUCAUCUCCCAACUGCAUCACAGAACCUCAUUAUUCCUUAAUCAUCCAAGCCAACUCCAGGUGAUCAGACUCUGCUCAGAGAGCAAAUCUGCCAUCAAGGAACAGUGGUUGGCCAGCCCCAAGGACAGGAUUGUCUGGAUUGGGAAGACUCAUUCCAAAGGGAGCUAGCCCAGCGGUACCUGAAUGUAACCUUGUGACUUGGCAGGGAUGUUCAGACUUAUAAGCAUACUAACCUUUCAUUCAGAAGAAUCAUCCUCGUGACUUUAUUGCACCAGGUGAGACCCCAUACCUUAGAAGAAAAUUAGGCUGUCAUUUCUUGGUUUCUGCUUUCUGAGUUCUCCUGUAAGUGAGCUGUAAACGUGAAGCCCAUAGUGGUCCAUUCUGUAUAAUCCAGCUGAGGUCCUUGGGGAAGAAAUGUUGGCUUUCAUCUUAUAUCAGUUUCAUUUACUUUUUUUUUUUCUACCAUGAGUGAGAAUAGUUAAUAAAUAAUCUUUGAGAACACAG